GCUGCAGGAUGGGGGGCAGGACGCUGGGAACGCGGACCCUCCUGAGGAUUCUGGGCUUCCUGGCCCUGUGGAUUACAGCUGAGGCUCAGAUGAAGAUCCCACUGGAGACGGUGCAGCAGUGGGCGAAUGUGUUCUCUGUUCAGCUCCGAGAGGUCACCACCAAAUACUCCGGCUCCCUGCUGCUGCAGAAGAAACUGAGGGACGUGGAGCCGAUCGUAAAGAUCGUGGAGCUGAACGGGGAGGAGUUGGUGAAGGAUUACUCGGAUGAAAUCGAGCGAAUGUUGGGAAGCAAGAUGAAGUCAGUGAAGAGAUUAGCAGAGGCUGCAGAGGACGCUGACCUCUACCAUGAAUACAACGCUUCAUUAGAGUUCGAUUACUACAACUCGAUGCUGAUCAACACGGUGGACGAGGACGGGAACCCUCUGGAUCUGGGUGGAGAGUUUCCUCUGGAGGAGAACGAACACUUCAACAAUCUGCAGGUGAACACGCAGCAGAGCAACAUCCAGGUCCCUACUAACGUCUACAACAAAGAUCCAAACAUCCUCAACGCCAUCUACAACUCCGAGGCCCUCAACGACGUCUUCAUCAGUAACUUCCAGAAGGAUCCCACGCUCACCUGGCAGUUCUUUGGCAGCUCCACAGGCUUCUUCAGGAUCUACCCCGGAAUCAAAUGGACUCCGGACUCAAACGGGGUGGCUGCUUUUGACUGCAGGAACAGAAACUGGUACAUCCAGGCCGCCACGUCUCCCAAAGACAUCAUCAUCAUGGUGGACAUCAGCGGCAGCAUGAAGGGGCUGAAGAUGACCAUCGCCAAACACACCAUCAACACCAUCCUGGACACGCUGGGGGAGAACGACUUCGUCAACGUCAUCGCAUACACAGACUACGUUCGCUACGUGGAACCAUGUUUCAGAGGGACUCUGGUCCAGGCCGACUUGGACAACAGAGAGCACUUUAAGACCCUGGUGGAUGAGCUGCACGUCAAAGGAGAAGCAAAGAUCAAGAACGCCAUGAAGGAAUCCUUUAAAAUCCUCAAUGAGGCGAGGGCCAACGGUCAGGGCAGCAUGUGUAACCAGGCCAUCAUGCUGAUCACAGACGGAGCCAUGGAGGACUUUGAGUCCGUCUUUGAGGAGUUCAACUGGCCUGAGCGCAGGGUGAGAGUCUUCACCUACCUGAUCGGCAGAGAGAUGACCUUCGCUCAGAACACAAAGUGGAUCGCCUGCAACAACAAAGGUUACUACACACACAUCUCCACUCUAGCUGACGUGCAGGAGAAUGUCAUGGAGUACCUGCACGUGCUCAGUCGACCAAUGGUCAUCAACCACGACCAUGACAUCAUCUGGACGGAGGCCUACAUGGACACAGUGCUCCCCAACACAAAGGAGCUUUUCAACACCAAAGCUCAGAGUCUGCUGCUGAUGACGUCUGUGGCCAUGCCGGUGUUCAGCAAGAAGAAGGAAACGCUGUCCCAUGGGAUCCUGCUUGGCGUUGUGGGCUCAGACGUCCCGCUGAUGGAGGUGAUGAAGCUGGCACCCAGAUACAUGCUGGGAGCUCACGGUUACGCCUUCCUUGUCACAAAUAACGGCUACAUCCUUGCUCACCCUGACCUUCGACCUCUGUAUAAAGAUGGAAAGAAACUGAAGCCGAAGCCGAACUACAACAGCGUGGAUCUGUCAGAGGUGGAGUGGGAGGACACGGACGAGACGCUGAGGACUGCCAUGGUGAAAGGAGAGACAGGAACCUGCAGCCUGAGCAUCAGAGCAUCGGUGGAUAAAGGGAAACGGCCUCUGUACCUCAUCAAUGACUACUUCUACACAAACAUCGACGAGACACCUUUCAGCUUCGGCAUGGUGCUGACCAAAGGUCACGGCAGGCUCAUGUUCAUGGGAAACGUGUCGGUGGAGGAAGGCCUGCACGAUCUCACCUCCCCAGACCUCUUCAUCGCUGAGGAAUGGACUUACUGUGAAACGGACAUUGACCCCGCCCACAGGAAAUACUCCCAGCUUCAGGCCGCCAUCCGCUACCUUCUGGGAAAGGAACCUGACCUGGAGUGCGACGAGGUGUUGCUCCAGCAGACGCUGUUUGAUGCCGUGGUAACAGCUCCUCUGGAGGCCUACUGGAACGCCCUGAUGCUCAGUGACAAGGUGGAGCCUGGGAUCGAGACGGCCUUCCUGGGUACCCGUGCCGGCCUGAUGAGACUCAUCAGAUACGCUGGAGUGGAAAAACGGGUGGCAAAGAGGUUUCUGACUCCGUCUGAUAAAGAUAACCUCUUCACUAUCGAUCACUUCCCCCUGUGGUAUCGUCUCGCUGUGGAGAACACUCCUGGAAGCUUCUUCUACUACCCCGUCAAUGACAAAGGAAUACAGUACGUGAUAGCGACGACGUCAGUGAUAGUUUCAUCAGGAGGAAAGAUGGCCGUGGCUGGAGCCAUCGGGCUGCAGCUGUCCUUGGAUUGGCUGGAAAAGAGGUUCUGGGCCAUCACCAAGCAGCCUCCGGACACAGACUGUUCAGACGUGGAGGGUGUCUGUCCUCUCAGCUGUGAGAGUUUUGAUCUCAACUGCUUCCUGGUCGACAACAACGGCUUCAUCGUGCUGUCCAAAGAACGCAGCGAGGUGGGUCGAUUCUUUGGCGAGGUGGAUGGCUCUGUAAUGGCGUCGCUGGUCAAGAUGGGAAUGUAUAAGAAGGUGUCGUUAUUUGACUACCAGGCGAUGUGUAAGAACAGUCACCAUCACGCCAGCAGCGCCCGACCUCUGCUCAGCCCGUUCUACGGCAUCGCGGCGUUGCUGAGAUGGUUCUUCUCCAACGCUUUGAUGUUCUUGUUGGACUUUAACCUCUGCGGUCUCUGGCACUCAGAUUAUUUUGUGGACGCCAAGGCUGGAUAUCACACCAGUCACAAAACGAAGAAGGUGGAAGCGCUGCAGCCGUGUGACACGGCGUACCCCGGCUUCAUGUACGACCCGUCCAUCAGAGAAGCAAACAGCCUCAUCAAGUGUGGACGCUGUCAGAAGAUGUUCGUGGUCCAGGCGAUCCCCAACAGUAACCUGGUGUUCGUGGUCACUCAGGCCGACUGUGACUGUUCCCGUCAGUACGGACCCAUGCUGCUGGCCCCCAAAGAGAUCAAAUAUAACGCCACGGUGAAGUGUAACAGGAUGAAGUCCCAGAAGGUUCGACGGCGUCCGGAGUCGUGCCACUCAUACCAUCCAAAGGAAAACGCCAAGGAGUGUGGCGGGGCGGCGGCCAUCUUCCUCUCACUCUCUCUCUUCUCGUCCUCGCUGCUCGUCUCUUCUCUCCUCCACUGCUGGACAUAAACCAGAAUCAGCCAAUCAGGACGCCCCAAAGGUGGGGACAGGGAUGUAAAGCAGGAACCAAAAAUGAGACUAGUCCAAGGAUUUUACCUGCCAGACGAGAGAGAAACGGACUCCUAGAGG